AUGCGCGCUGCGGGCGCCCUGUCAUCGCGGAGCGGCGCCCUGUCAUCGCGGAGCGGCGCCGGCGGCCGUUGGGAGAAUGUGUUUAUUGGUCAAUCCAAAAUCUACAACUACCUGAAUUCUAACAAAUCUUCUGGUGCUCGCCCCCCACUUCAAGAGGAGAACUCUGUCAUGUAUCACGAGGUGAAAUGUCAGGGCAAAACACUAAACCAAUCCUACAGGAAAGGAGAUGAAAAAAAGAAAGGUGGCAAUAAAAUUGAAGGUGCUAUGAAACCAGAAGACCAGAAAGAUAAAGCAAGUGGGUGCAAUUCUUCAGUGCCCUCUUCUCACCAAAAGCAAGAAACUGCAGAAACUCAAAACACGCCUCUGCCUUCAGAGUGUGCUGAUGAGGCCAAUGCAAAGCCGGCCCAGAAGAAGAUGGUUAAAGCAAAACGUGGACCAAGGAGAAAAACACAAGGAAGAACACAAAAUCGAAAAGUGACAGAUUAUUACCCAGUUAGAAGAAGCUCCAGGAAGAGCAAAUCUGAAUUGCAGACUGAGGAGAGGAGGAAAAUAGAUGAACUAAUUACAAGUGGGAAAGAAGAAGGAAUGAAGAUUGAUUAUAUUGAUGGCAAAGGGAGAGGGGUAAUCGCUACUAAACAUUUUAAUCGAGGAGAAUUUGUCGUUGAAUAUCAUGGGGAUCUCAUAGAGAUCACUGAUGCUAAAAAGCGAGAAGCUGUGUAUGCUCAAGACCCAUCCACAGGCUGCUAUAUGUACUAUUUUCAGUACCUCAGCAAAACAUACUGUGUCGAUGCUACAAAAGAAACUAAUCGUCUGGGAAGACUGAUUAAUCACAGCAAAUGUGGCAAUUGUCAAACAAAGCUUCACGACAUCGAUGGUGUACCUCAUCUCAUACUGAUAGCUUCUCGAGACAUUAAUGCAGGAGAAGAACUGUUGUAUGAUUAUGGAGACAGGAGCAAAGCUUCCAUUGAAGCGCAUCCAUGGCUGAAACACUAGUUCAUCUUUUUU